UUCAAGAAAAGUCUUGAACAGAAUCCAUUGAUGUUCUCCUUCCAAGAUGGCCGUGUUGAUGAACUAUGCCCUUCUAACGACGAACAGACAUGGGCUCUUAAUAUCAAACGUGCAAUCAUCUCUGCUUUCCAGAACUCUAUGGAUGACUUUAGUCAAGAACAGAAAACCAAAGAGAUGGAUGUAACCGGAAGUUGUGAUGUAAAUUACUCUUUGGCUUCCAAUGGGUGGUACACAAUGACAAUUAAAAAGACAAAAGACACAUUAGGAUGUGUAGAUCGUCAUGGUUACAAAACGGCCAUGCAAGGAACACCAUAUAGGGUACCAUCAGAAAUCCAGUCAAUGCCAUUGGUUAAAAGCACACACGAAUGUCAGCAGGGAAUCAGUAAAACUGGUAUCCUUCAGAGCAGCAGUUGUGAGGAACAACAUGUUCUCCGACCAUUCUCCAGGGAAUCCAGUGGAGCUGUUACAGAAACAAAACAGACUUUGAAAUAUAUUUCGGAGAGUCAAAGCAGAUCUACAAAAGUGUCUACUGAAAAGAGAACAACAUUGGCAUUUGAGCAUGCUUUUGACAACACCAAUUCUGAAAACGCACAGAAGGAGGUUCUGAACAAACUGACAGAAUUUUGCGAAUUAUCUAAAGAUGCCGUGAAAGUAUCCACAGCCAAACAGUUUACUGAGCUUGUCCGACUUAUGAAAACUUUGGAUAGCGAUAGCAUGGAUAGUGUCCACACGAAAGUACAUUCGGGAAAAGUCUGUUCAAAGAAUCCUAAAGUCAAGAAAUUCUUCCUUGACGCCAUUCCAAUGGUCGGAACUAAAGCUUCUUUGAGAAUGAUGGCAAAUUUGAUAAAUACCGAUGAAGUCACCGGAGCUGAAGCUGACAUGUGGAUGACAAGUCUAUCUUUUAUUCAACAUCCAACAAAAGACAUGCUAUUGGAACUGAAGCCUUUAUUGACUAAUACAAAGAACGGACAAGCCAUGCUUGCAGUUUCAUCACUGGUAUACACCUACUGUAAAACAUCUUCCUGUGCUAACGACAUUGAUUUGGUCAACCUUGUUGCCAGCUUAGAAGACAAGAUUGGUGUUGGAUGCUAUGCAGACAAGAACAAUGUUAACAACAUUAUCCGUGCCUUGCGUGCCUUUGGUAAUGCUGGUUUCUCUAGCAGUAUCACAAUGGUAAACAGCUGUUUGACAAGAAAAGAAAACCCGACAGAGGUUCGCCUUGCGGCAGCUCAAGCCUUCCGCCGAAUGACAUGUGAUGCAAACAGAAACGAGUUAAUGACAAUUUACUCAAAUCGUGAUGAGGAUUCCGAAAUAAGAAUUGCUGCUUACCUAGGAUUGAUGACAUGUCCCUCAAAAUCUAUCCUCAACAGAAUCCAGACAACGCUGGAAUCAGAAGAAGUAAAUCAAGUCGGCUCCUUUGUCUGGACUCACCUUACAAAUCUAAUGGAAACAUCAAGUCCACUGAAAAAAAGCAUAAAAUCAAUUUUAUCCAAUGACAUGCUUAAGAAAGAAUUCAACUUAGAAAAAAUGAAGUAUUCCAGAAACUAUGAAGCUUCAUUUUUCCUAGAAAAGAUUAACACAGGUGCAGCAAUUGACAGCAAUCUCAUUUGGUCUUCUAAGUCUUUCCUUCCAAGAUCAGCCAUGACUAACCUCACCAUCGAUCUUUUCGGUCACUCUGUCAACCUGUUUGAGCUUGGUGGAAGAGUAGAAGGACUAGAGUAUUUCCUUGAAUCCUACUUUGGACCUGAAGGAUAUUUUGGCAAGUCAAAGGAUGUUGUCAAACAAUCCGUGAAAGGAAUUAGCAACAAAGCAAUGGAUAAACUAAAUGAGGAGUUUGGAUCAACCAUGGAAGAGUUCAAAGGUAGCAUGUAUUUGAGAAUAUUUGGCAAUGAAUUACAGUACAUCAACACCGACGAUAUUAAAAGUCUGAUUGAAGGACAAAACUUCAACAUUCUGGAUUUUAUCAUCAAUCUGGCUAAAGAGCAAGAUUAUUCUUUCACGCAAAGCUUCAUGUUUCUGGAUACCAGUAUUGUUAUUCCAACUAUGUCUGGUUUCCCGCUUAACAUCAGUUUAGACGGAAGUGCCACAAUUGACGUUCAAGCGUCCGGUAAAAUGGACCUUAGACAAAUUAAGUCAAAUCCUAUGACAGUUUCCAUCGAUGGAAAAAUUCGACCAAGUGCUGCUUUGGAGGUGACAAGUCUAAUGACUGUUGAUGCCUUUGUAACUAAAGCUGGAAUGAAAAUGGUAUCUUCAGUGAACUCUGCCUCUGCUGUUGAAGGUCAUCUUGAACUUAAAGGUGGACAACUCUUUAGUGCCGAAUGGAAAACACCAGAUUCUAAGACAGAAGUAUUUGAAGCGAAAACUUCAUUCUUUACCGUUCAUCGUGAUGAGACCCGUGAACAAAAGAUGAUAACACAAAACAGACAAACAAAGAAACUAUGCACUGGCGAUAAACUUUCACACGUGACUGGACUUGAACUCUGUGGUGAAAUUUCCUAUCCUAAUGCUUCUUUAAAGGCUGAUUCUCCAUAUUUCCCUUUAACUGGACCAUUGACAGCAGGUGUUACACUGUACAAGAGAGACAGUCAUACUAGUUACAAAAUGGAGUAUAAAUUCGGAAAGACAAAAUCUGUAGUGACUGCCAAUAUAGGAUUAAACACACCAGGGUCAAAGGUCGAUAGAGAAAUGAGACUUGGUUUUAAUUUGAAUAUGAAGAAGCAUGAUAUUGAAAUGCUGAUGCUGUCACCAUGGAAAAAGGCCACUUUCAACGGAGCUGUCAAUACACAACAAAGACAAGUAAAUGGUAAAUUACUUAUUGACCAAUCAGAGUACUCAGUCAAUGCAGCUUUAGCUAGCAAGAAGAAAUCUUCUACAAUGGUAUAUACACCAUCUGUAGAAAUAGUCAUACCAAAGAAGGACAACAUCAAACUUGAUGGAACUAUUGAAUAUUUAGCGGGCAAAACUUUGGAUUCUGCAUUUACCGUUCUUGGAGUUUCAAAACAACCAAUCAACAUGAGAUUAACCAUGCUUAACAAGAAGGUUAUCAGAUCACUUAAGGGCAGUUUGACAAUGGACAAAAAACAAGAGUAUAGCUUCGAAACCAGAAUGCAGAAACUAGUAACUAAGAAAUCUUUGAGAUACAGUCCAUUUAUCUCAGUAAAAACCCCAACAAAAUUGUUGAUGGGUCUUGGUGGCUCUGUGGAAAUCAAAUAUAAGAAAGCUAUGAAGGUUGACAUGACCGUAACUGGAUUGACACGUUCUCCAAUGAAAUAUUUUGUUCAAGUAAGAGAUACAGGAAACGCAAAGCAAGCCCGUUAUCAGGCAAAAAUGAACAUUCAAUCUCCAAUUCUGACAACUAAAGGCAGAUCCAAUGUUAUGAUUAAACCUAUAUCUAUCAUUACCAGAACCACGUUUGAUUAUAUCAUACCACGUGUAGCACGUGAUAAGGUUACCAUGAACACAAAGGUCAUCAUGAAAUCAACAAAGAAAGCAACAUCGGUCAAGGGAAAUGGUGUUUUGAAUUUCAAGAAGAAGUCACAUUUGAACCUUAAUCUCGGAAUGAAUUUUUUGACAAACGCUAAACUGACAACAACCAACUUCAAUGCCCAGUAUGGUGCGAAUAAGAAAGAUCUAAACAAAAUGAUUAGCUUUUCAUCGACAGUAAAACACCAGUUAGCAUGGCGGGCAAGUGAUGUCAAAAUCAGCGCACAACUGAAGCACCCUGAAUCAGUAAGCUAUUACAAUAAUUUGCAGUGUAAAGGAAGAAAACCAUUUACCAUUGCCGGUCAGAUAAAUGGGAGCCCUCGUGAUUUCAGACUUGGAGCACAGAUAGGAAAAUCAUAUGUAAUGGCAUUUACUUCCCAAUACAAACCGAAGGUUAUGAUCAAGAUGUCUGGGAAUGUGAAGGUUAACAGCAGACGUGUAACAGCUGACAUUGAAGCGAUGAAAAACCAUCCUCAGUAUUCAGGAAAAUUUGAUGUUAAGUGGGAUGCUGAUAAAGAUGAAUCCAAAAGACUUAAACUUGUAGGGGAUUUGACAUACAAAAACUCCAUGGAUAUUAAUGCAAGACUAGAAUUUGUCAACCCAAUCACUAGUGUCUUGUCAAGUUAUAAUCACAUUGUUGAUAAAAAUACCAUGGGCCAUUUUGAUGUCUUAGUGGCAGGGAAAGAAAAAGUAGCAUUAGAUCUAAAUCUAAACAACAAAGAUAAUGGUAAAGCUGGAACCCUUAGAAUGCAGACACCGGCAUCUGGCUUAGUACAACUGAAUUUUGAUAUGAUGUCAACUACCAAACAAUACCAGAACACAAUUGAUAUCACUUGGCAGAAAUCAAACAAAAUUGGAGUAUUAGUAAAUUUGGACAAACCAUUCAAUGCAAAUAAAUUUCACGGAAUAGUUACAGUAAAAACACCCUUUGAUGGCUUCAGAAUGUCCUCAGUAGAAGUAGAUCAUGAUUACACCGGAAAGCUGAAAAGUAUGUUGAAAACUGAACUCAACAACGAGAAAAUGCAAGUUGAUAUCAAAUACAGUAAUGAUGGCACAACCGAAAACCGGGAUGUAAACGGUGUAAUGAGUGUAAAAUCGUCAUUAUCUAGCUUGAAAACAGCGUCUGUAAGCUUCCACCACAAAACCACUGACAACAAAUACCAGAACGCUUUAGUAGUGGAGCAUAAUGGCAAAGUAUACCAGUAUGAAGGUCAAAUGAAUCACAGAUUUACGAAAAAAGGGCUGAAGAAUAAAGGAAAGAUUGUCGUCAUUGUACCAAAUAACAAAUAUGAUGCAAAUUGGGACCACAGCAUUUCCAAAAAUGAACUCACUUCUAAAAUACAAUCUAAUAUCGAUGGCAAAUCUUAUGAAUUUGACGUAAAUGGAAGACAAGCCAUCACGUUGAGCGAAGGCGGAAUAUCUUUUAACCUAAAGAUUAAAUCUCCAUUUAUGGAUAAUAUCGUUCUGCGUGUUGACCAUCAACACAGACCAUCACUAAUAGACAGUUCAGCGACCUUAUCUAUUAAUGAUAACGUAAUGAUGUCUGGGCAGGUAGACUACAAGAGAGAAGUUGGCAAGGUAAUGUCAAAACAGUCUUUUAAAAUGUCUGAAUUUGCUUUUGAAACUUCAAUUAUAUCUGAAUAUGCCCGUUUUCCAAUGUCAGGUCAAAUAAAUAUGAAGAUGAAUAAUAAUGAAAUCGAUGUCAGCGGAACCUAUGAUCGUCAGCAGAACAGUCAAAAUGGUAAACUGAAAAUUAAAUCUCCAUUUACCAAACCUAUUGUAUUAAGUAUUGACCGAGCAGUUGAUGGCGAACAGAUCAUUUCAUCUUCUAUUGAGUAUGGAAAAACUGAAAUUAUGGCCAUGGAAAAUAGAUUCAGAUGGGACGACAACAAAAUUAUCAAGAUAUCAGUCGUAACACCAAUAGAGUCUGUCAGGAAAUUUGAAACACUACUCAGUUUAGAUGGAGUAAUAGAAGCUAAAGGAGACUUAAGAUCUUUCUCUCUUUUAAGCAGCAUUGAAGCAGAACCAAUCACGAAGAAGUUCUUGGUAUCUAGUGCCGUAAAUACUUAUGGUGGAUUCGAUGGAUAUAAGAAAGUCAUUGCCAAUGUUAAGCACGAAGGAACAUGGAAGAGCUUCAAGUGUGAUGCCAAUGUUAAAAAAGGAAAAGACGUCAUCAAGGCUAACAUGAAAACAUCAGUAGGGUCUAAAUUCAACUGGGAAGCAAGUGUAGAAACACCAGUUGCCGGUUGGAAGAAACUGAAUGCUGCUGUAUCACACGAAGGAUCAUUUUCUAAUUUUAAAUCCCAUGCAGAGAUAGCUCGUGAUUUUGAUACUUUGUUCAGUCAAAGAGGACAAACAUUCGGAACUGUCUCCAUCAAAGUAUUGAAGACAUUGAAGGUAAAUUAG